AUGUAUACCCAGAACAUAUCGAAAGAAUUUAGUAUAGAGAUAGUAGAUUACUGUCCAAUUGGACCAACGGCUCAUAUACCUUUACCUGAAACUUUACCAAAACGUAAUAAUGAUUUUAUAGAGGAACUUAAUAUGGAUAACAUCCCAAUUCCAGUACCGGUUUCUACAUCAGUUUAUCAAAAAUUCGAAGAAAAUAAUCCAGAAAUCAGUUUAUGUGUCUAUGAAUGGAACAACCAAAAUAAAUGUUUAGAAUUUCGUUAUAUGACAGAAAGAAGGGGUGAUGAAUAUAAACAAGUAAAUCUUUUGGUAAUAACAGAGGAAAAUAGAAGCCAUUACUGCAUAAUCAAAGAUUUACACAAGAGGACAAAUGCGUUAGAAAAGUUUGUAGAUAAACUUGAAGAGGAGCUAGCAGAAAUUCAAGCAGAUUUAUUAUCACCUGCAAAAAUAAUUAUGGAACCAGGAGACCAUAUAACAUUUAAUGAGGCAACAGAAUGCUAUAUUUGUAAGAAGCCCUUUAUUGAGCCAGCACCAGAAAUUUACAACAAUUCGAAGAAGCAAAACAACAAUUGUUAG